CGGUGGUGGCACGAUGAGCCUGGCCGUCAGGAAUGAACUCUCAGCAGAUAAAACUAAAAAGAAGAAAAGACGAGAACUGACUGAGGAACAGAAGCAAGAAAUUAAAGAUGCCUUUGAAUUGUUUGAUACGGACAAAGAUAGAGCAAUAAAUUACCAUGAAUUAAAGGUGGCAAUGAGGGCCUUGGGUUUUGAUGUGAAAAAAGCUGAUGUCCUGAAAAUACUUAAAGAUUAUGAUCGAGAUUCAACAGGCAAGAUCACCUUUGAAGAUUUUAAUGAAGUUGUAACAGAUUGGAUAUUAGACAGAGACCCACAAGAAGAAAUCCUCAAGGCAUUCAAGUUGUUUGAUGAUGAUGACUCUGGUAAAAUAAGUCUGAGAAACUUGCGCCGGGUUGCUAGAGAGUUGGGUGAAAAUAUAUCUGAUGAAGAACUGCGAGCUAUGAUUGAAGAAUUUGAUAAGGAUGGAGAUGGAGAAAUCAAUCAAGAAGAAUUUAUUGCUAUUAUGACUGGAGAUAUUUAGCAUUAGAAGAACAGAAAUUAACUCGCAAAAGGGAGGAGUUGUUGGCAGCUUCCAUUGCAAUGUUUUAUACUUUCAUUUAUUUCAGUAGCUGGAGUGGUACAGAAAGUUACUUGUGACAGGACCAAAAUGAAAAUGGGUUACAUGCACUGAUAAUUUACUACUUUGCAUCAUUAAAUAUUAUCACUAGAAUAAUUGAUGUAAUAUUUUAGAACAAGUAAGUAAUGCUGCAUUUCAGAAUGUUUGAGUAACUUUAUAAAAUAGCCUUGUUUCAGAUUUCUAAAUUGUAUCAUAAGAACUUUUUGAGGUUCUUGACUUUGUGUUAGCUUUAGUUGAGGCCUUAGUUUUGAUACAUAAGGUUUGAAAAAAAUUCCAUUUUAAUAAAAUGUUCUUUACUACUACUUGAAAGU